AUAAAUAAUAACUAUAUAAAUUUUAAGUUUUAUUUUUUAUUUAAAAAUUAAAAUUGAAAGUAUGUUUAAUCAAUAGUUUAAAUUUUAAAAAAUAAAUUAAUUUUAGUAAGGUCACUUCAGUUGACUCGACCUUGUCUCGACCAAGUCAAAUUUAGGUAAUUUCGGUUUGGAUUAUGUUAGGUUUCGGGUCAAGACCUUGGACCCAGAACUGUGGAUGGAUUGCCAGGUCUACAAUUCCAUACCACUUGUACUUACAAGGAGAAGCAAAGAAAGCAUUGGAAGUUCUUCGGAAACCUUCUGUUCUUGUGGACCUUCAAUACAAGUUUGCCCCUGAUCUUAUAGCGCUUGAUGCAUAUGAAACUGUGGAGUCAUGGAUGGCCUCAAACAAUCUGAACCCAAGAAACUUAUACCUUCGAUGAUGCGUUAUUCAAGUGAACCUCAUGCAAAGUACUGCUUAUUAGACUUUCUUUUGAAAUGCAUUUAAUCAUUACUAUUGGUUAUUUUUCCAAUUGUUCUAUUUGCUUCAUGUUAAAUUUAAAGUUUUUUAGUUGAAUCCAUAUGUGAUUAUUUUGUUAUGAUAGUUUAUAUUAGCAGGCAAAGUGAAAGUUUUCAUGCAGAUUUAUGAGGUCAUGCAUGGUUUUCAUUGAAAGAACAGUUUUAUGGCUGUUUUAUCUGUCAGAUUUAAUGUGCAUUGAGUUUGCUAUGCUGGUUUCUUUUGGCCUCUAGUCUACUAUUCAUUUUAUAGGUUGAAAAUCUUGCAUUUUUUUAAUUAAAAGAAUUCUAUGUUUGAGGUUGGGUAAAUGCUUGUUAUGAGGAAAUUUGUUUAGAUUCUUUAUUGUGAAUUGAUUGCAUGGCAUGGGUGCAUGGAAAGAAUCAGACAGGAUGAAGCACUGUGAGUUAUCCCUUCACAAGACAGAGAAGCAUCUUUAUUCACCAACAUUGUAGCUUUCAUAUUCUGAUGGAUCUUAUGGCAAUUUGACGAAUGAAACUCAUGAAGUAAUCAAAUAUCUCGAAUUCUGUGUUAACCGCUUGCAUAAUGAGGAUCCAGGAAUUCACAACUUGUUGCUUUCUUUGUAUGCCAAGCAGGAAGGUGACAGUGCCCUCCUUUGUUUCUUGCAAUGUAAAUUUGGAAAAGGACUUGAAAAUGGUCCUGAAUUCUUUUAUGAUCCCAAGUUUGCAUUACGCCUUUGUCUCAAGGAAAAACGAAUCCGUGUCUGCGUUCAUAUAUACAGCAUGAUGUCAAUGCAUGAGGAAGCUGUUGCUCUUGCUCUGCAGGUAAUAAAACAGUUUCAUGAUU